AUGAUCGACGUCAAAAUAGAGCAACGGAUUGUUGUGAAAUUUCACAUGAAACUUGGAAAAACUGCAACUGAAACUUAUAAUUUAUUGAAACAAGUGUAUGGCAAUGAAUGUUUGUCGCGUCCACGUGUUUUUGAGUGGUUUAAGCGUUUUCAAGAUGGCCGAGAAGGUGUUGAAGAUGAUUCACGUUCGGGUCGCCCUUCCACGUCAAAAACGGAUGAAAAUAUCGAAAAAGUCGGUAAUCUUGUUCGAUCUGACCGUCGGCUAAGUAUUCGUGCGAUUGCUGAAUCUAUAGGAAUUGACAAAGAAUGUGUACGGCAAAUUUUACAUGAAAAUUUUAACAUGAGAAAAGUGUGUGCAAAACUGGUGCCUAAAAUCCUCACGUUUGAACAACUAGAAGCUCGCAAAAAUAUUUGUAUUGACACUUUGAAUGCGAUUGCAAAAGACUCAGACUUAUUAGAAAAGGUAAUAACGUGUGACGAAUCUUGGUUUUUUACCUAUGAUCCUGAAACAAAGCGCCAAUCCAUGCACUGGAAGAGUCCAACUUCGCCAAGAGCAAAAAAGCGAAAAUGA